UGUUCCAAAAUAUGAUUAAAACAUUUUGCUUUUAUGUAUCACACUUAUAUUGAAUGAUAUCUAUCCUGCGCAAUGUAGUUUAGCAACAGCUUUUAAAUGAUGGAAUGUUUUACAUAAUAACAGACGAAACAGGCAAAAUUGCUCUUCAAAGGGAAGCGUAGAACUCCCCACCCCCAGUGGAAUACUGUCAAAUCCCACGCAGCUGGCGUGUUUAUUUUCAGCCCCUGCUUCAGAUCUUGUGGAUGUAAUUGUAGUGUUGAUUGCGUUUUGGAAGAAGACUGAUCAUGAAGCAAUUUCGGGGUUGCAAUGCACAUCCAGAUAUGGAGAGAAGGGGGUUCGUUACUAAAAAGGAGAGUUAAGAAGGAAAUUAUUCACACCCUGCAGCAAUUUCAGCUUUUCACGGCUGUGGUAUCCUAGCAACAGCAUCGAUUCAGGGUAACAUCAGCAAUAUCAGUUAUUACCGUCACCCUUGCCUUCCAGCACCAUUCAAACCAUUACAAACUCAACACACAGACCUCUUGACAGCAGCUCCGGGAGAAACAGCGCGAGCACGCCAAAAAAAAAAAAAAAAAAAAGCCAAGGCAUCUUCUGUACGGACGAACCAAGAAUCUGGGAAAUGCAAGUCUUUAAAGGAAAACUACUUGUAGCGCAGGUUCUUGGCCAUAUAUUGGAUACCCGUUGUGUUAUUAGCCCAAGCCUAAACCCUUUGUCAUUGGAAUUACAGGGGGUGCCAAGCAGACCAAAGAGUUUUCGUUAGCUUGAGAUGCCCACGUUGGAAGAAAAAAACUUUCUCCCAAUAACGAAUAUGGAAUACCUUGUUUUCUCGCAACGUGGAGUUUCUCGAGUCUUUCUUGGAUGAGUAAUUGGUUUCCCAUCAAACACUGAUCAUGAUAGCAACUGGAGGGCUGCUUCGGAUUUCAUCUAGACGACAAGAUUCCCUGCGAUCCAAAAGCCGAACGCAAAACAAGCAACGCAAAAGGAAAGCCAAAAAGAAAAGAAAGAGUGAUGUCGUGGUUGUAAAAGGCAAAUUGAAGCUGUGCUCAAUCUCUGGAUUGAUAGCUGCAUUUGGAAUAUUAGUGCUGCUUGUGGGAAUAACCAUGGCUGUCAUGGGAUACUGGCCUGAAAACAAUCCGAUCUACCAAGACAACUUUAUAGAAUCUAAACGUUUGCCAAACAACAGAAGGAUCUAUGAUAACAAAUUGUUUGCGUCGACCAAUUGGACAAGGAACAGCCAUGUUGUCUACCAAAUUGAUCUAGAUUGGUCAAAAAACAAUCACAGUAAUAGCACCGAAAUGCAGACCUCAUUCUCCCCCUCCCUAAGUUUCUUCUCUGAAUUUCUUGCUAGCUACUUACAUUCAGACAAAUUAAAAGUAUUUGGACCGUUGAUAAUGGGCAUUGGGAUAUUCCUCUUUAUUUGUGCCAAUGCAGUGCUUCAUGAAAACAGAGACAAAAAGACAAAGAUUAUCAAUCUAAGAGACAUUUAUUCAACAGUAAUAGAUAUUCACAGUUUAAGGUCCAAAGACUGCACACCUCUCAAUGGUUUUGUCAAUUAUGUGCAGUCAAGGAAUUUGGAUAUGAAAUCCAGUGGGUCUUACAGCGCUGCCAUGUUAGUCACAAGUUCAUGGCCUUCAACUGCUGGAGGGACAGUCAAACCACAAGAGCAGGGAGGUAGUAUUGAAGCAAUGAGGCAUCAAUCCUUAGCCAGACAACAGAGUCUUUCUAAAGAAAGGCAAAGUUUUACAGACACAGUCUACAGCAUUUACAGAGACCAGUCCAAGGCUCCCGAAAGGGUUCCCAUACCAAAAAAGUGGGAGACUAAAUCUAUUGUCACUUCUUCCAUCAAUGCUUUUACUCUUCCAGUAAUCAAACUAAAUAACUGUGUUCUUGACGAAAACAGUGCUAAACAAGCGGAGAGUGGUGUCAAAGAGGCCCCAGCAUCUAAAAGCAAAACGGUUCCAUGUGACUUAGAAAUGGCGAGCCCUGAUCCAAUCAAGAGUGACCACAUUGAAACAAAAGAGGAGACUUCAAAAACAGGCCUGUUCACCUGCAAAGAUAUAUCACCAGUUCAUCAGAGCACAAGCAGCUUGCAGGGAGCAUCACCGUCAUCUCCACUAGGAUCACAGGUCCAGUUGCUUCCUCCAAGUCCAAGUAAGAGAGAAAUGGGUUCAAAUAUUUCCCUUGGUGCCCUCUCCACUUACUCAAAAACUAUAGAUCUUGGUGACUGUCCAUCAACAGCUGAUAUAGAAGGGGAUACGAGUAGACACCCCAGCUGCCCUCUCUUGGAAUGUUCAAACAGCAAGGGCUACUUAAAACUUGUAGGAGUGGAAUCCUUUGAGUCUUCUGAGAUGACAGUAGCAAGACGUGAAGACUGUAAAGAAACUUCAGUGGAGGAUAUGGAGGACUGCAUUGUCCAAGAUGCACAGGAAAGCACUGACAAAACAGAAAUAGGGAUUCAGAGGCAAUAUACAAAUAGGGAAAAACUUCUUAUGAUUUCCAAAUCUAAUUCAACUGUAAUGAUUGAAGAUGAAGAACUUGAAAGCACUGGUAUUUAAAGUAUUAAAUAACUAAAACAAUCUCUAGUUAUUUUUUAAUGAAAUUGACAGUCGAUUAACUAGCAGAUAAGUCAUUAUCCAAAGAAUCAAAGAAUGUUGCUUUUAUGUUUACCAUUUAUUAUAGAUGACACCACGCAAACAAAAAAACUAAUGUUGUAAUGUUUAGUUGUGAUGGUACAUUUCUUACAAAAUGAACAGUGUAUAUAAGCGUAACAAUUCAUUACACAACUAUGGUUGUUCCAUGUAAUGAUUUAGUUUGUCUUUUUAAGAAGGUAGUCAAUUUAGGGACUGCAUUCCUUACAAAACAUGUUUUUAAGUUUAUUUCAGUGUAAGCUAUGGGGUUUUAUUUUAUUCUGCCAGAUGCAUCAUUGUUUAAAGUUUGCUACCAAACUCAGCAAUAUUAUCCGACUGCUAGCUAAAAAAAUAUGUUGUUUGUAUUUUUGUCUUAUUAAAAAUAUAACAAGAGUUUUUUGAUUCUUUAAACUGUAUACUUCCAUGUCCUUUUAGUUUUCAAGAGCAAGUAGCUUCAAAUGAUAUAUUUAUUUAUUCAUGUAUGUAUUUAUUUAUUUACCUCUUAGCUGUUUACGGUGUGUGGAAUCACUGUAAAGAAUUGACUGUUACAGUAGGGGUGCACAAGACUAUCUCCAUGGCUACCACUAAACAUGUCUAAAGCGUUGUUGAUAUUAUAUAAAUUAGGAGCCUGUGUGAAACGUCACAGAAAACCAGAUAUCUGGUCAGAAUAUGUAUCAUAUAAGAUUAGGCUGAAUUUGAAAAGGCCAGCACUUAAUAUGGAAGGGUUCAGCUCCCAAGAACACACAAUCUGCAUGACCAGAAUUGGUCAUGAAUAAAAAUAACACUUAUUAGAUUUCAAAAUGAGCAACAAGUCUGAAAGUGCUAAAACACCACUGUAGAGGAUUGAGCAGAACAGUUGAUCUUUACAUGCUGCUGGUGGCAGUGGAUGCAGAUGUAAGAACAUAAGAAAAUGUACUAACGAGAGGAGGCCAUUUCUCAAAUUCUAAUAGUUUUACUGAUAUUUUCAAAACUCUUUUGAAAUUGCCAACUCAGUUCCCGUGUUGCCAAACUUUACCUCCACCCUGUGACCUGCCAUAUGGUGCUGUAAAAACAUGUUUUCUUUUUUUUCUUUUUGUCGAUGUUAGUAAUAGAUACUAUCAUUCAUUAAAUUAAACUUGAAUUUAAAAUAAAGAAAGUACUGAGUAUAGUGAUAUUGGAAACUUGUGUUAUUAUACUUUGUGACAAAUCUAUGAAGUAGCUUUAAAUAUUAUUUUAAAUCACAUCAUUCGAUAACCUUUGUGAUUUUCUUGGAAUCAGGAAGUACUCAAAAGGAGCCAAAAGGUCUGUGCCAGAUAUGAGGAAUGCAGAGAUGCUGAUACAUGCAUUUAAAAUUUCUUGUCUUGAUUAUUGCAAUUCUUUGUUUGUUGAUAUACCUGUGACUAAACUUAGAAGGCUGACUGCUUUCUCAUACUCGGCAUUCUCAACAUAUUACUGCAGUGGUGGUGGAACUCUAUUCCAGUUACCGUAAGACAGGUUGAACAUUGGAUUCUUUUAAGCCUAAAUUGAAAACAUACCUUUUUUAAUGUGACUUUAUGUAAUCUGUUGUAACUGGAGUGUAUUGUGUAUAUAUACUGCAUAUAUGAGCUAUCUUGUUUUGUGUUUAACUGUGUACAGGUCUCUGGGAUGCAAUGACGUGAAGGGCGCUAUAUAAAAUACAUUUGUAUUGUAUUGUAAAAACUAGGAUUCAAAUAAGGCUCAAAUAAUACCAGGUGGAUGCUGAUACAGAGAAAAGUUAUUACUAUUCUACAGUACACUGGGGCAACAUACAUUUGAAGCUACUUGCCUAUAUCUUGCUGUAUCGUGCUAUAUAUAUAUAUAUAUAUAUAUAUAUAUAUAUAUAUAUAUAUAUAUAUAUA